CUCGUAGGCACUCCUCCUCCGUCCCCGACUUAAACCUGACACAAUCACCAAAGCCUGCUUUCGCUGAAGUAUGUUGGUCGCGCUUACAAGGGGGGCUUGUUUUGUAAAGGGUCUCUUACAAUUAACUAGCUCGAAAUAUCAAAAACUCAGUCUAGUUGGAAAGGCUUUGAUAUGGUUCAUUCUAUUCUUCUAUUUCUGCUUAUCCGCAUUCAUUCUUGUGGUCACUCCGGCUCGCAUUGCUCAAUUCAUGUACGACGUCGCUCAAGACAUCCGUCACCUCCCAUAUGGGUACACAAUUCUUAUCGUUCUCACGAUCGUUGUAUCCUUUCCCCCUUUUAUUGGACAUACCACGCUCCUUAACUUGUUCGGUUUCACAUAUGGUCUGCAAGGCUUCUUCCCUGCAGCAUUUGCAUCACUGGCAGGCUCUGCAAUAGUUUUUGUUACCCUUCGGAUCAUGUUCAGCAAGAGGUUGCAUUCAUGGACUUCCACUAAUGAAAAAUGGCAGGCUCUGGAAGCUGUGAUACGAUCAAGGGGCGUGGGAUUGAUCAUUCUCAUCCGUGUCUCUUCAUUUCCGCCGUGGGCUUGGUCAAACUCACUAUUCGCAAGCAUAGCGCCGGUGUCAUUGUUCCAGUUCUUCAUAGCGACUUGUUUUAUCCUCCCGAAGGUUAUGGUUUAUGUGUUUGUCGGAUCUCGUAUUGCUAGACUCUCAGACGGUGAACAGAGACAUCAUAUGGAUACUCAAACAAAGAUUAUCAACAGCCUUCUAGUUGUUGGUGGUAUCUCGAUAUCUGUUUUAGCCAGCUCGCUGGUCUACCAUUUCAUGCAGAAGGAGAUCAAGCGUCUACAUGACAGCCCGUCAGAGCGUGACGAACUCGCUGCAGAGGCGCUCGAAGCAACAGAGGAAGCGCCUUUGUUGGGUCCAGACUCUUUGAUCUCCCCGUAGAGUUUCCGAACACCCACUUCACUUUCUUGGUGAGCUUAUUGCAGUAGAAUGCAAUAAAUUACGGAACAUCGGACUAAGCUAGCUUUAUUAUCGCUAUACGUCUAUAACUAUAGAAAAUCAUGCAUGCACGAAUAAUAAGUCACUAGUAAAAGUGAA